AUGUCUGCAGACUUGUGGGCUGAGUUUGGUCAGGGCUCUGGCUCUGCGCAGAGCUCUGACCAACCUCGGAUUCCACAACCUCAAACCAGUUCAUUCAUCUCUGGAUUCGACCAAGCUGAUGACCUGAUUCUGGGUGGGCCCCAGCUUAGCAAAUCUCAGUUCUCCAAUACGAGUGCGCCGCCGCCUCAGUAUGCGCCUUCUUCUCACAGACAGCCCCCCACCUUUCAGGCAUUCGAUCUGCCAAAACAACACGAUAGUGAUAUCUUAUUCGAUGCCACCCAAGACACACCUGCGAGCGAGGAAGAAGAUGAGUGGGGUGAAUUCGAAGGUCCAGAAGAGAGCGCAGAACAUGGCCAGCCGAGUAUCUCUGCGGCCAUAGCACAAGACGCAAAAGCUCCUGCACCGAGGCCUCAGCUUCAAGCUCCGAGUAAUUCAAAAGUCCCUACAACCAUUGAUCUAUUGGACUCUCUUUCUCUGGAUGACCCGGCCCCAAUUGCACGGCAGCUUCCCAAGCCGGGGCCGAAGACAAUCCCCCAAGCCAACACUCCUCCACCAGAUGAACCAUCAUGGGACGAGGACUCAUUCGGUGAUUGGGGUGACUUCACCGACGGACCUCCCACAACAUUGGCAACAACCAAUCGAAACUCACCCUCCACAACCAGCCUGGGACGACACUUUCGAGGACUGGGGCGACUUCACCGACGGCCCAAGUACAGCACCAGCAUCAGCACCCCAAAAGCCAACCUCAAAACCAGCCUCACGGCCAUCAACGACAAGCCCACCACCCCGAAGUUUCAUCUCCUCAACACCAAAAUCCCCCCCCAAAUGUCCGACCAACCAACAUCCCCCCCACCGUCCGUUCUCCUCGAACUGCUAGUCGACCUAUUCAACAAUCUCCAAGAGGAAGCAGCCACCGCGAAGCGCCAAUCAGACCAGGCAGCAGCAGCUAAACUCCAUAAUACCCUCGAAACUGCAUCUCGCAUCAUCGCCGGCCGCACAUUACGCUGGAAACGUGACACCAUCCUCAGCCAAAGCAUGCGGAUCGGACCGGCUGGUAAGCCAGGCGGAAUGAAGUUAAGCGCGGUAAACAAGCAUGAAAAUGUAAAAGAAGAGCAAGAUGCUGUAGACGUCUUGUCCUUGUGGCGCGAGCGCGCUGCUCUGUUCAAUGCCGUAAUCCAGACUGCAGGUCUACGGCCUAUUCCGCCUAUUUCGGGCCCCAGUGCAUUGAAAGUCACCACGGCGAAGCUGGAGCAGGGGGGCAUCAAAGCCGGACAUGCAUGUGCGCUUUGUGCGUUGAGGAGAGACGAGCGCAUACUAAAGAUUGAUGAGGAUGUGCAGGAUAGUUUCGGGGAGUGGUGGACGGAGCAUUGGGGGCAUACGGGCUGUCGAAUGUUUUGGGAGAGAAAUUCAAGACUGCUUGGGCAGCGAUGA